AUGCCCCUUAGUCCCAAAGUGAGAGUGUCCACCGAAGGCGCCAUCCACGGCAACGGUACUGCUCUGGACAAGGAAGUGGCGGGCCGUGGGUGGUUUGCGGCCGAGGACAUCAAGGAGGGGGAGGUCAUCUGGUUCAUGGAGUCGUGGCUUGAAGACAAGGACUCGCAGCCGGGCAUUUUUGUCAACAUGGAGACGAUCAAGUCGUGGCCACAGGAGAAGCAGGACCAGUUCUGGGAGCUCGGCUACCAGUGCGGGGACGACCUCUUCCAUGGCUUCCCCAGUGAUGUUGAGCUGGACGAGGAGGGCAAGAAGGCGAUCCAGGAGAACUACGUCAACCACACCUGCGACGGCAACGCCUGGUACAUUAGCGACAACGAGCUGGUGGCGCUGCGCGACAUCAAGAAGGGCGAGGAGAUCGCCUACGACUACGCCCUCACCGAAUGUCACGAGGCGUUCAGGCUCAACUGCCGCUGCGGCACAUCCAAGUGCCGCGGGACGGUGACGGGCGACGACUGGAAGCUGCCGGAGCUGCAGCAGAGGUACGGCCGCCACUUCCUGCCGCACAUCCUCGCUAAGAUCGACGCCGCCCAACCUCAGCCCGCGCAGUAA